AUGGGAUCCAAAUCUCUUCUGUUCUUCUCAUUUUCUCUCUUUUUCUUCUUGAUGUUUCAGGCUGCUUUUGCAGACUCGAAACACAAAAGCACAUCGCCAUUUGAUUUUCUUCGACACCUUCAAGGAUGUCAUAAGGGAGACAACCUUAAAGACGUGCAUAAACUCAAAAAAUAUCUUGAAAAAUUCGGGUAUUUGAGUUAUAAGAACCGCACUCACGCAGAUGACGAUGAUUUCGAUGAGUUGCUAGAGUCCGCCGUUAGAACUUAUCAGCUGAAUUAUAAUUUGAAAGCAACCGGAAGGUUGGAUGUCGAUACCGUAUCCAAGAUGAUAACGCCGCGAUGUGGGGUUGUGGAUGUCAUCAAUGGAACUUCAAGGAUGCGGUCCGGCAGAAAACAGGGGUCGAAAUCGAUUCAUACGGUGUUGCAUUAUACGUUUUUUUCGGGAGAACCGAAAUGGCCAGCUUCGAAGUACAGUCUAACAUAUGCAUUUCUUCCGGGGACUCGAGCCGAUGCCGUUAACCCGGUUUUAAGAGCUUUUCAAACAUGGGCUGCGAAUACACAUUUCAGGUUUUCGAGGACUGAGGACUAUGCAAAUGCCGAUAUAACGGUUAGCUUCGAAGGUGGUGAUCAUGGAGACGGGUCCCCUUUCGAUGGACGCGGUGGGACCUUGGCUCACGCUUUUGCACCAACCGAUGGGAGGUUCCACUACGAUGCGGACGAACCAUGGUCUGUGGCUGUGAAUCGCGAUUCGUAUCAUUUGGAGACUGUGGCAUUGCAUGAAAUCGGACACCUUCUGGGUUUAGGGCACAGUUCCAUUGAAGGGGCCAUCAUGUACCCUAGUAUAAUGCCUGGACAAAGCAAGGGUUUGCAUGGGGAUGAUAUUCAAGGAAUUAGGGAUUUAUAUAACCUUUGA